AUGGGUUUGGACGUUGCCGAACAUUGCGACGAGGACCAGCAGCAGUACAUGGCCGAAUUUGCUCGAAAUUCUAGAUGGGCGCUUCUGCUCAUGUGUGUAGGACUUCUGACGUGCUGUUUCUGCUGUUAUUGUUGCUGCGGUUGCUGUUCGAUGUGCCGUCGAAGCCACAAGGGUGACGACUCACAUCAGCGAAGAGAGCGGCGAAGAGCAACGGAUUCCGAUUGGGAUGGUCCCGUGCGCAAUCAGCCGACAGAGAGCCAUCACUCGUCACUAUCCGACGAAUUCUCCAUCAAAAUCAAAGGAUUGGGAUAA